AUGCAGAGAGGAAGCGCUGGUUUCACUGUCACUGCGGAGAUGGAGGCGAUCCUCCGUCAUCCCGGAUAUAUCAGCUGUGAUGCCGGCGGACAAAGGCUGCGCGACCUUUACCAGAGUCAGUCCGCCGCGUUCGAUUACAACCUCUACAAUCCAUUCGCGCGCUGUUGUUUUUUAGGACUCAUCAGAAACGUCUCGCGGAUGGUAGAACGCGGAGAAGCGCCCGACCUGACUGGCACGGAGACGCCCUACAAGUUCGGCUACCUCACCAUUGCGGUCACCGGCUGUGUCAUGAACAUGACGCCUCCGCCAGUAUGCGACUAUGUCUCCGUCGUGAAGUGUUUGCUUUCCUCUGGUGCGCCCCCGAACUCGGAAGACAUCGUCGGAUACAGCGCACUGCACCAUGCGGCAAUGAACAACGGGCAUCGAGACAACCCGAUCCUUCUGGAACUGAUGCGAAUCCUGCUCAAGAACGGCGCGAACGCGAACCACCAGAACCGGUACGGCGAAGUCCCGAUCAGCGGCGCAUUCCAGCACGAAGAAAUCGGGGCGAUCGACAUCCUGAUGGAAUACGGAGCGGACCUGGAGAUGGCGGACGCGGACGGCGUCAAACCGAACCCGUUCUUCAUCAAGUGCGGAGCGAAGGUGACGGCUGCGGUUACAAAGUGGCUGAGGAAGCGCACGGGCGAAGAAGCGCCAAUGGGGGACACGAAGAUGUGCAGCAGAUGCGGAAGAAAGGGCGGAAGCCUGAAGAUGUGCGCCAAGUGCCACGUAGCUCGAUAUUGCUCUACGGAGUGCCAGCACGCGCAUUGGUCGACACACAAGCUGACAUGCCAGCCGUUCGACGCGUCGAACACCGUGACGGUGCGACCGUCUUACAGCGCGCCGGGAACAAUGAUGUCCACGGCAGACUUCUCUCGCCAAGCGCUGGGAAUCCCGACGGAACCCACUCCCGCGAGCCACCAGCGCGCAGCGCGUGCACCGAAGCUGCGCCCCGAGGAGGCGAAGGCCAUGAUCAUCAAGGUCCAGGUGCCGUACAGCGUCCUCGCAGACAGUCCUUCGACCAUCUCCCGCGCCGAUAUGCUGGUGUACACCAAGAAGCGUGACUUUGUGUGCAACAUCAAACACUCAGGCAACGCUGCAGCGUACUCGCGCAUCUCACAGGUUGUCAGGUCCAGGGGAGUCGGCGGAGCUAAGGCGUACUUUCCCGCGGAGCUCAAGGGGAAGUACGAACUUAUCAUCAAGAUUGGGGAAGUGCUUGCGGAGCAGCCAUUCUGA